CAAACAGUUGGAAGCCAACAAUUACGCUUACCGAACAAAAGGGCAAGGCCCGCUUCCGAGGCCCAGGCUUCCGACACCCAUACCCCAAACAUUUCUACAACGUGGGACCAUAGUAAUUGUUGUCUGGGCGUGCGGCUUGAGCAGGAGGGGCAGGCCCCGACCAGCGAGCUGCAAUGGCUUCUCAAGCAGCAAGCCAAGCAGCAGGCCUAGGGCCACCAGCCGCGUCUCAGCCGUUUGCCGAAAUCGCUGAACCCAGUGAGGCGGCCACUCUUCCCUCGGGCCCCGUCCUUCAAGGUCGCGUGGGCGGUCUGCGCAGCGCUGUUAUCCAUAUCGUGCCGGGAGAGGACCAUACCGUGCAUUCCAGCGAAGGGGGCAACGAGCACUUCGGCUACGGGCUCGCCUGCACCCAGGGUCACCGCACCGGCAUGGAGGACGCUCAUUCAGUGGAGCUGGAUCUGGACCCGGAGACGGGGACGGCGCUCUUUGGCGUGUUCGAUGGACACGGAGGCCGUCAAGUGGCCGACUUGUGCGCCGCCAAUGUGGUGGACGCGGUGCUCUCUAGCCCGGCCUACCAACGAGGCGACGUGGGCGAGGGGCUGCGCGAGGCGUUUUUCGAGCUGGACAACCGGGCGCUGGCCUGUGCGGAGGCGCACCUGGCGGGAGCCACUGCCACCGUGGCGCUUGUUCGCGGUGACCGGCUGUACGUGGCGGGCGUGGGCGACUCGCGCUGCGUGCUCAGCCACGCAGGCACAGCGCAGGUCCUCACCAAUGACCACAAGCCGGACGACCCUAAGGAGCGAGCGCGGAUACAAAACGCUGGUGGCUUCGUGGUAUGGGGGCGCGUUAACGCCAACCUCAACAUCAGCCGCGCGCUCGGGGAUGCAUCCUUCAAGCAGGACAAGAACCUGUCCGCGAGUGAACAGCAGGUGUCGCCCGACCCGGACGUGCGCUGCGUCACACUGACGCGCCACGACACCUUCAUGGUGCUGGCGUGCGACGGGCUGUGGAACGCGCUGCCGGAGCAGCAGGUGGUGGCGUACGUCCAGCGGCGGCUGAACCUGCGGCAUACGUUGGGUGCGGUGGCGGAGGGGCUCGUAGCGGAGGCCAUGCAGCCGCAGCGGUGCGCGCACGACAACGUGACCGUCGUCGUGGUGCAGUUCAACGACGCGGUUCAGGCCUCGCAAAUGACUAUCGGCUCUGGUGCUGUGGACUCCACAACAAGUGCGGACGCGGCGGCUGCGACCGCAUCUCCUCCCCACGUCUAGUUGAGGCGGCUGUGUUCGUUUCCUGUGAGCACUGCGGUAUCCUCUGUGCCAGUGUUGUGUUGUCUGGUUGCAGGGUGGUUGUCGGCGUGGCGGUCCAUGGUCAUGGUGGCCGCAUGGAUAUUGAGAGCGUGGUUGUGCAUUGGCAUUGCGUGUCUGUCUGUAUGUGUGUGUGUGUGUGUAUGGAGGUAAGCACAGCACCCCCAGAGUGUGGAUGUGGGGUAAAUAACACAGCUGCCUUGCCAGGUUGGUGUCCUGGCGUGUCCGUGAGUGGGUGUGGUCCGUGUAGCUGGGCGAAAGCUUGCUGCGGGAAGGGCCUUGGUCGGACGCUUGGCAGGUGCUGGCUGCUGAGGGUCCUAUGAGCCCGGCAGUGCGCAUGGAUGUGUGGGCAGCGUGCUGAACAUUAUGCCUCAAACAUACGGAUUGUGGCUGCGCGCUAGGCCAAUGCUUGCGUGGGCAAAGGCCGCCUUUGCCCGAGUGCAGUGUGGUGCAGGCAAAAAGCCUAUUUGCAAGUAGGCGGCGGGUCCAAAGCAGCCGGAUUGACAAGCAACUUCGCGGAUCGAUGGACAAUUGACUGUCGCGAGCAAAGCGCCCGAGGCGCGACGCCGUGAGUAUGAACUAUGUGAGGCCAAUACCAACACGCAAACCGAGUACCACGGCGGCGGCAGCAGCAGCGACGCUGGCGCAGGGCCCGCUGGCGGCGCAGGGCCUGGCGCAGGCAGCGGCGGCAGCGCAGGGCCUGGCUGAGGAGGCGCAGGGCCUGGGCGGAGCAGUGGCAGCGUGUAUGUGCGUAGCGGAGGGGGCAGGCAAGGCCAAGUGGAAGCGGCGCCGGCGCGCAGGUUGAGACCUGCCAGUGUCUGGUUUACGGUCUUUGCUGGCGAGCAUAGCAUAGCAUGUAUGUGGUUGUCCUGUGCCUGCUGUGCUUGUGCUUGACAGCGGGACGCGGCUGGACGCUUAAUUGGCGGGUGGUGCCUGUACAAGCCGACUCACGUUGGGUGCGCUUAUGGGGCUGAUACCGCUAGUGGGUUCACCAGGGUCGUGUGCUGCAACUGCUGUCACGCGCCGUCUAAGGCUUAAUGUCUGCUCAUCU